AUGUCUUCCGUUGGUGCUUCCUUUGGUGAAACACCUGCACUGGUCACUACUGCUGCUACAGGACCGAUGCAGGGUGAGCCUCCAGCCAACCAACAGCCGCGUUUACCAAAGUCACAUCCAACUCCGAUGCUCACUCCCAGUCUGGGAUUAGCGUCGACUCUCUCUCUCCCUCUCUCCCCCUGGGUUCCGGUGAGUGUCCAUUUCGCAGACACAGAAAGACAUGCAAACAUUGUGACUACAAUUGCUGAGAACAUUCAUACAGAACACCAAAGCGUUGUGGCUGCCUAA